AUGCCUUCAAAGAAGAAAAAGUAUAACGCACGAUUUCCGGCGGGCCGUAUUAAGAAGAUAAUGCAAACCGACGAGGAGGUGGGCAAAGUGGCGCAGGCAGUUCCUGUUAUAAUCUCUAGGACACUGGAACUGUUCGUGGAGUCACUGCUGACCAAGACGCUGAAAAUCACCAACGCGCGGAACGCCAAAACUCUCUCCACCUCACACAUGAAACAGUGCAUCAUUUCAGAAAGCCGGUUCGAUUUUUUGCGUGACCUUGUCAAAAACAUCCCGGACAUCGGUAUCAACGAAGACCUAUCCGGUUCGGAGGCCGGGUACGGUGUCAAAGGUACCUCACCGGCCUCAACGUCGACCUCCUCGUCAUCUGCCUCGUACUCGAACGGGGGAGCAGGAUCCACGACGCUGUCGUACGAGGUACACUCGAUGCCGCUUCAGCGCUCAGAAUCCUACUCCCCAGCGUCGGCCACGGGUUCGAUGGUCGCACAGAACAGCCAUCAGACGGGCAAGCGAAGUCUCGGACAAGGGAGCAGUUUAAAUUUUUACAAAGAAAUAUCGCUGGAAGAAACCAGCAGUCCAUCUCCGCCGAAGCUGAACCGCCUAAAUUCAGCCCCGGCCGGGGGUGUGUCUGCAGCCCUGCCCUUCAAAAUUGACAUCCUACCAAACAUACCGGCCGCCGCGCCAGGUGCUACGACCAGCGUGGCAAGCAAACAGGCCACACCCGGUGCCAUAACGCCACAGAUAACAUACAAACUCGAACGCCUGCCGGCACCGUCAACCUCUCCGGCAGCUACGCUCGAGCCAGUGAUUAAGCUGCACUACUCCAACCUAAGAUUACCGGCCACGUCCACGUUGGGGAGCACGGCAGCGCCACCGAAUCGGACAACGCCUUUACAACCGACGAUCAAAAUUGAUCUCAGCAGCCUAGCCACUUCGCCCACCAUGAAUGUGGUGUCACCUCAGAAAUACGCGGCCACUGCGGGUGUUGGCAAGCACUAUGGGUCCCCACAAACCAGCAGUAGCAGCACGUCCUCAUCGGCCACCCCAUUACCGAGCCCGGUGACGACCGUCCCGCCCGUUUUCUCCGCCCUGUCCUCUACCAUCCCUGGGAUGGAUGAAGAUUACGAUGAUAUUUAA